GAUCAAAGCUCUGCAAAUCUCUGGAGCCAUUUCAUUUCCGCUGUAGCAGACAAGUCGUCGUGGAGGCAAAAACCCUUUUACUUCACUUCUCCCCGGCGAUCAAAAAUCUUGACGAGAGAGACGAAGAAGAAGAAGAAGAAGAUGGCGACAUCUUUGUCUAAAAUCCUAACCAGAUCGAAAGCUCACCGCCACAUGUUCUCUGCCACAACCACUAUCUCUACCUCCCAUUCCAUCCAGAGACAGUUCUCCGCCGUCGCCGACUCUUCUUUCUCUACCUCCGCCGCGCUUGGAAGCCAAACGAGUCCCCCAGCUCCACCGCAAGUUUCAGACAAGAAACGAGGGUCGAAGUGGACACAACUGCUGUUGUUCUUGCCUGGAGCGAUUACCUUCGGUCUCGGUUCAUGGCAAAUCGUCAGAAGAGAAGAAAAGAUCAAAACACUGGAGUACCAACAACAACGGUUGAAAAUGGAACCAAUGAAGCUAAACGCAGACCAUCCUCCUGAUAAGAACCUUGAUGCCUUGGAAUUUAGACGGGUUAGUUGCAAGGGCGUGUUUGACGAGCAAAAGUCUAUCUAUUUGGGUCCACGGUCUAGGUCCAUAUCGGGAGUGACUGAAAAUGGAUACUAUGUCAUCACACCUCUAAUGCCAAUCCCUGGUGACCUGGAUAGCAUGCAGUCGCCUAUUCUGGUGAAUCGCGGAUGGGUUCCUCGUAGUUGGAGAGACAAGUCACAAGAAUCCACCGAGUCAGACUCCGUUACAAAUGAGUCAACAAUAGCCAAACCACUCUCCAGUGAGCAACAUUCAUGGUGGAAAUUUUGGUCUAAGACGCCAGUGAUUCCCAAGGAGCAUGUGUCAGCGGUUAAGCCUGUAGAAGUUGUUGGUGUGAUCAGGGGAGGGGAGAACCCGAGCAUAUUUGUUCCGGCCAAUGAUCCAAGCACAGGGCAGUGGUUCUACGUAGACGUUCCUGCAAUGGCUCGUGCCAUAGGUCUUCCUGAAGACACAAUUUACGUAGAGGACGUUCACGAGGACAUAGAUCGGAGUAGACCGUAUCCUGUCCCGAAAGACAUCAACACUUUGAUCCGGAGUAAAGUCAUGCCACAGGAUCAUCUCAACUACUGUAUAACAUGGUACUCUCUCUCGGCAGCUGUCACUUUCAUGGCUUACAAGAGGCUCAAACCAAAGUCUGCCCGCAGAUAUGCUUUUCUUUGAUCAAAUCAAAGCCUCAUUCUUUUUGUCACUUGUCUGCUGAAGUAAUAAUUGCAGUGGAUAAUGGUUAAAAUUUCAUAAUCAAAAGGGGCAACACCCAAAUACUCAAAAACUACGAUAUUGUGAUAGAUUUUCUUCUUCUAUGAUAUGAAAAGAGUUCGAAGUGAA